ACCGAGGGAGGAGGCAGAGGGGUUUAAUCUCUCGCAGUGACAUGCGCUGCAUCUCAAUAGAACACUCAGUUUGUUCCGGAGCAUUUGGACUUGGGCGUAAUGGUGUAAUCACAGUGAAAGCGGCGGAGAAAGCGACCUACAAUAAUCCUGUCCACCAUUUUAUGACUGUUUUUGUUCCAUUAAUGUUUCAUUUGUGCAUAUUUAUUUCACUUGAUGGAAGCAACAGUGCUACAUCAUCAAAUGAUGGCGGAUGUAAACUGCAACAAAAAUAUCGCCAACGCGGAGCUAGAGGUGAAAAAGCUACAAGAACUGGUCCGUAAAUUGGAGAAGCAAAACGAACAACUAAGGACCCGGGCAAAUGCCGUAGGCAAUUGCCCAGCCACCUCUCACAUUCUACAGUCUUCGCCGGCCUGUCUUCACGGCAGUUCCGUUAGAGCUGUAGCAAGCCCAGUUUUCCCUGGGAGUUACUAUAUUACGAGUCCGACAUCUACUCUCUUGUGUCCGUCCGCCCUAAACCAGUACUGCGCUCCAGAAGAACCGUACGCUUAUUUCAACCCGCAUUCUUCUACUUAUGGCGAGGCAGAAGAUGUAAGCAGCGGCUUCGCGGAACCUACAGUCUUGGACGAAGUUGAAAUGUUAGAUCUAAAUUCCAUUCUCCCUUGCAAUGAAGGUUCUGAAGACACCUGGUUGUACGUACCCCCAAGUGCCAGAAUGUGGACAGAGUUCAGCCUCAGCCCACUGCAGUGGAGCAGGCAGGUGCUGGACAACCCCAGGGCCGAGGUGGAGGCCGCCAAACGCUCCCUGUGCCACAGACUGGCGCAAGCCAAGAAAUGGAGGGGCGUGUUGUCUAGCCGUGUCUCUCCUGUUUGCCCACCUGUAGCUGGUGUUCCCCCGCUCUGCAGCUCUCCUAAGCCCUGCUCUAAAACUGCACUACCAGAGCGACCAGCUUCAUUUUGCCCAUCCAGCCAUUUCCCACCCCUCCUGACUCCAAGAACCAAUAGGAAGGACUACUCUGGUCUAGCCGAGAGGUCUCCCUCAUUCCUGUAUCACUCAGCCAAUCAGAGUGCGGGCCGCAGACUGCUGCCUCUGAGCCGUCAGUCCUCCGUCGACAGCGAGCUCAGCACCUCAGAGCUGGAGGAUAAUUCAAUCGCCAUGGGAUACAAGCUGCAGGACCUGACGGAUGUGCAGAUCAUGGCGCGACUGCAGGAAGAGAGCCUGCGCCAGGACUACGCCUCCACCUCCACCUCCGCCUCCGCCUCCGCCAACCGGCGCAGCUCCAGCUUCUCCUUCCGCCCGCGGCGGCCCAUGUCCAGCCAGCCGAAUCUGUCCAGCGAGGAGGAGUACGACCGCACGCCCCUCGCCGAGCCCCGCGUGGCCCGCGCCAUGCCCCUGCAGCGGGGCCUGUCUCACUCCCUCUCCUUCUCCGGCGCCAGGGACCCCCGCCGCAGCCCCUCGGCCCCCCAGUACCUCAGCUGCCUCUCAUUCCAGCAGAACUGCGGCCUCGCCCCGCCCGGCUACGUCCCCGGAUACGUGCCGGACGCGCUCUCGCAGGGCCACAGGGCCAGCAGAGAUCACCUGCAGAGAAGCAUGCCCAACUUAGUGCGAGCACCCAGCAUGCCCAGCGUCCCCAGUGUCCUCUCCAUAACCACUGCCACCGGUCACAGCAGUGCUACUUCCUCAAUACGCAACAGCCAGAGCUUUGACUCCUCCAAUGGGCUGACCAGGAUUCAGUCUUCAAUUCCCUCCCCAGGUCCACUCCAGCACCGGUUCCAGAGUGUGGGGAACUUCUCCGGGUCUUCGCGGCCGACUCUGAAGGCCAUGGCCUAUGUCAGCCCCACCAUAAAGGGCUCCCCAAGCCUACCCACUGCCAUGAGUGCUCAGUCCAGCACACCCCUGCCCAACAAACCUGGCGCCCCGCCCACAACGGGCCGCAGCGCCCUCCCCCGUCCCGCCUCCUUCAUCGGGACAGGCGCCAUCCCACGCAGCAAAAUAGCCCAGCCUUUACGCAGUUUGCUCACGCCUCCAAAGAGCGUGUCUGCCCUCAGCACUCUACGGGAUGUCAGUUGGAGAGACGGGUGUUACUGAACAAGGGGAAGUGGCACAGGAAGCUGCAGUGAAGGCCCAGCAGUGCUGGGUGCUCAGCUGGCCAGGCCCGAUUACUGUCCCACUAAGUGUUCUUGAAUGGGAGAAUAACUGGAUGACCUGGGGCUGCUGGGUGGCUCACUCUGUAAAGGCCCUGAUCUAGCUUGUGAAUGUACCCCACGGUCUGGUAUUGGAUCUAGACUGUACCAAUGUCAGCUGAGUGAAGCAGUCGUACAGGGUGGGGCUCAUUUGACAGCAUCACCUGGUGAGGGUAGAGUUUCAGUUUGGCGGGAUGUCCAUGGCUGUGUAAGAAAUGUCUCCCUAUUUACUAAAUAGUGUACUAGUCAGCCAUAUUGGUCGAGUGCCUGAAUUCUCAAAUCAAAUAUUGAAUACAUUUUAGGGCACUAAAAAUAUCCCACAGUGCACUGUAAUAUUUAGUAAGCAACCGUGGUCAUUAGAAAGUUGGAAGUGAACUAUGAUUCUUUUCUAACUGCUUGCAAAGCGUUUUUUAACUUUAUUAUAUGCAAACCUUUUUUCUCUUCCUGUGAAGCUGUGUAAGAGAGGCAAUGGCAGAGUCCAGAAGCGGUUUGACUUAAAGAACAACUUUUCUGGGUUUUGCCACGUUGAUGACAAAUGAAUUUCCCUUUUUGGGCAUUAAUAGGUACAACUAAUAUGAUAUAACAUAGUAUUCAAAAACCAAAACCCUACAUCAGUUUGUCCAUUAUGUAGCACUGUUUGAUAGAUAGCUAAAAUGGUCUCUUAUACUAGUUAACAUUACUUAUGAUUCACAGUCCACCAAGUCUAUUGGCUAAAAUUUCCAAUAGCAAUCUUAUUCUUAAGUGAGCUGCAGCCCGACUUUGGGCAUUGCAUGAUAAUAAAUGGGUUUAAUAUCAAAAGCAGGACCUCUGGAGUCAUGUUUUAAAGACCGAUGGUAUGUUAAUGGUUCUGUAUGUAUGCAUCAGACAUGUAGCCUAGGUGCUGAUGCUGUACAAUG